AGAUACGAGAUAUUAUUCUUUCAAAAUAUUUUUGGUGUGGGGUGAAACAUGCGAUAUUAGUAUUUCUUCCCUUGGUGAAGGUCUUGCGAUUGGUUGAUGUUGAUAAGCCCUCCAUGGGCUUUAUAUAUGAUACAACGGAAAGGGCUAAGAAUGAGAUUUUAGAGAAUUUGGGCGAUGAUGCAGCGAAGUAUGCCCCAAUUUGGGAGAUUAUAGAUGAUAAAUGGGAUAGGCAGCUCCAUAGACCAUUGCAUGCGGCAGGGUACUACUUGAACCCCAAAAUCUUUUAUGCAGAUGCAGAUAUUGAGUCCAAAGGGGUAAUUAUGGAUGGUUUUAAUGAGUGCCUUGAGAAAUUAGUUCCUGAUCCAAAUAUACAAGAUAAGAUAUCAAUUGAAGAGCUAAUUUUGUACAAGUGUUCUUUGAUGUCAUUUGGGAAAGAUAUGGCAUUAAGGCAGAGAAACGAAGAGGAAUCAGCCCAAUGGUGGAGACAACAUGGGAGUAGCGCUCCAAACCUUCAGAAGAUGGCUAUGCGGAUCUUGAGUUUGAUAACUGCCUCUUCUGGUUGUGAGCGCAAUUGGAGUUCGUUUGAGAUGGUGCAUACAAAGAGAAGAAAUAGGCUUGAGCAAAGGAAGCCCAAUGACUUGAUUUUUGUUAGAGAGAAUCAAAGGCUCAAGGAGAAGAAAAGCUAGCCAAAGAAGGACCCUAUCUCUUCGAAAGACAUGGAUAAUGCUUCAGAUUAGCUAGUUAGUGACCCUGGUGUUGAGGAGGUCUUCCCUGGGGAGGGUUUGACAUGGGAAAUGGUCGAGGAGGCUUCAGGGCAAGCUUUUGAUCCUAGGAGGGCCACUCGAGCAACUUCUUCUGCUAGUACUUCACGGAGGUAGAUAGAGGAAGAGGAGGCAGAUUCAGAAGAAUCUCUAGAAGAAGAGGAAUAUGUUGAAGAGGGCAAUGAUUUUGAUGAUGACGGCUUCAAUUUUGAUGCAAAUGAAGCAACGAAGAUGAUGAUUCUGAUUCUUAUUGAUGUCUUCAUUGUCUUUUCUCUUCUUUUGAAGUAACUUUAAUACU